AACAAAGUGAACAAAGUGAACAAAGUCUUAAUAAUUCACACAAGCCAAUUGUCAUACAUACAACCCAUACCCAUUAUACACAUUUAACUCGAUACCUACCUAGACUAUGGAGGUAAUAGGCAUGGGUUUUCUAGAAGACAGAUUGCCCGUUGAGGUAACCAGACAACCAGACUCCGGAGCAACAUGCCUCAUCAAGUAUUCGGUUGAACAUCACAGGUCUACAAACAUCGAAAUAGCGGUUGCCUCUCUUACCACCGUAGCCCUACGAUGAUCCCAAGUAUGUUCACGGUAUCUAUAUUGCUUGGCAACGGUAAGCAAGCGCUAUCGCGGCGGGAAGGAUUUUCUAAGCUGAGAACCAAUUGGGUAAGAAGCGUGGCUGAAUGGUAUGGAAGUAGUACGAUAUUCCUAGAAUUCCUACCUACCUACCUAGGUACACAUCCAUGGAUUUAUCUGGAGGCCUCUGAUUGCUAUUGAACUUCAGAUAUAAGUUAUAAGACAUUCAAGUCUUAAAUGGUUUCUAUCUUCUUAUACAUCUACUUCUUGCAUAUACUAGUAACUAGAAGGUAAUUCAUACAUCACUGGAAAAGAACACCACUCACAUAGGUAGGUAUAUUACGGUAACAAUGAAUCCACCAAAUCAGCAGUAUUACGGUCAAUACCCUCCGGCUGGCGGUCCCCCUCCCAGUCAGCCCGGGCAGACUCACCCAGGCUAUCAACAACCGCCACAAGGAGCUCCUUACUAUCCACCUGGCGGAUCACCCGCUCCCGGACAACUUCCGUAUCAACAGCCACCACACUCUAAUUAUACUCCCCAGAGUCAACAUCAAACUAGCCAGCAUCAGUACCCACCACAGCAAUAUGCCGGAGGCCCCCCUCAGGCUCCCGGCCAUUACCCUCCAGCACAGCCAGGACAGUAUCAACCACCACCAGGACAGUAUCAGAACCAGCCAGGGCAGUAUCAGAAUCAGCCGGGACAAUAUCAAAACCAAUCAUAUCCGCCACAACAACCAUCUCAACCGCCUCAAGGACAGUACGGACAUCCACCAACGCAGUAUGGGCAAUAUCCUCCGAACGUGUACCCAGCCGGCAACGCCAAUCCUCAAGCCCCGGUGUCUUAUCCCACCCAACAAUACGGUGCUCCUCCAGGGGCACAAAUAGCUCCUCAAUGGGGACAGCAACAACAACAAAUGCAAGGUUAUGGAUACGGUGUACCGCCAACCCCUACAUCACCGGGCUAUGACCCAGCCCAGAGGGCAUUCUGUGCUCCCGUUAACACGUCAGCCGAUGUCGAAGAUCUCCGGAAAGCUAUGAAGGGUAUGGGAUGCGAUGAGACGGCGUUAAUUCGCAUACUCACGUCACCCAAAUAUGAUAAUCCCUGGGCGAUGGCGCAACUUGUUGGUGACUACAACAAGCGCUUCAUCCGUGAUCUAGCCAAAGAUGUCGAAAGUGAGACGCGCGGUGAUUUUGAAACCGCCUUACUUGCCUUGAUCCGUGGCCCACUAGAAAACGAUGUGCGGAAUCUAAUCCAGGCGCUGGACCGUGCUGGUACCGACGAAGAUGCCUUGAUGGAUGUCCUUUUAUGUCGGUCUAACGCAGAUAUCCGCGCCAUUUCUGCGGAGUAUAGGAGAAUCAAGGGCCAUGAUCUACUGAUAGAUAUCAAGGACGACGUAGACGACACUCUGUUCCGACUCUAUAGUAUGGUUCUCGCCGCUACACGGGCUGAAGAUGCGGCGCCGGUAAACGCUGCGGACAUCGACCACAAAGUAACGGAACUACAGCGCGCGACCGAAGGUGUUAUCGGCUCCAAUGCUAUAGCUGUAGCACAGAUCUUCACAAGUUGUAACGCCGCGCAACUCCAUGCCCUCACAGAGGCGUACAUGCGGAAGUACCACCGCUCGCUCGAGGAGGUCAUCGAGAAGGAGUUCCGCGGCGAUAUGGAAGACGCGCUACUCUACAUGCUCGAAAGCGCCCUCGACCGGGCGCGUACAGACGCCAGGAGGCUCGAGAAGCCGCUUUAUAGGACCCCGCGCAAGGAUCGGCUCUUUAUCAAUAGGGCCGUGAGUCUGUACUGGGACCGCAACCGCUUAGACGCGGCGAAGGCCGCUUACCAGAGACACUCGCAGUCGAGAGCCUCGCUGCGCGUUGCGAUUAAGGCUAUGCUGAGUGGGGACUACGAGGACUUGAUGGUUGCUUUGAUCCGCGAGAAGAGAUGAUUCAGAGUUGAGAAGGAGAUGAGGGAUUUAUUGGUGCUGGUCUAAGUCAAGCUGUCAAGAUGUCAAGCGUUCUUGUUCAUUUCUAUCAUGACUCCCUAAGUGGCUAUUUCUUCCCUGUUCGCGUGUUUGUGGUGUCACGCUACACCACUGUUCCAAAAGCCCACCCAUAAAUCCUAACCCGCUUGAAAACUUUAGAUAUUCAAUCAUUUCCUGUAUUGUUCCAUCUUGUCCCACCUCGCCUGCCAUUCGUCUAGUGCCUUCAUCGUCUCUUUGGUUUUGUUGGAUACUUUGCAUAGAGGGUCCUUGGUUAUGGCUGCGAAGGCAAGUGUCUCGAUGAUAGUUGAUGGGCUAGCGAGAUAUUCAUCGAGAGGAUAUUUUCCCCUGUUGGUUCUUGGGUCAGAUCAAAAUACGUUAAUCCAGUUCGUAACAUACCUAGUAUCCGACUUACGAGGACUUAUUCGUCGUCCCUGCUGGGUCUGAUCUAAUUGGCAAUUUGGCAUGGCGAAGGAGUGGCUACCUCUAGGAGAUCAAGCUGAUAGUGACUUUGAUUUAUACUAGGUAGGUAUUCGCAUAAAGAAAGGGGAUUUUGGUAAGUAGGUAGAUAUGGAU